UUUACUUCCUAUUUCUGAGCCAGGGCUGGCUGGUUUCAUCUCUGUGGGAGCCCCUCCACGCCGCUCCGCCCGGCGCUUUUGCUCCGUCGGACGCAGGGUGGACGCAGAGGCCGAGCCUUGGGAGGUGGUCCUCUUUUCUUUUUUCUUUUCUUUUCUUUUCUUUGGCGGCAGUCCCUCUCUGCCCUGCAAAGUGGGACCCGAGGAGGAUGCCCGAGACGCCGCCCCAGCAGACAGGUGCCAACUCCCUGCUCCGGGAGGAGCGCCCCUGGGCCCCCUGUCUCUGGGGGGCCAGCCCACCUGUCUGUCCCGAGGCUGCGGAUGCUUUCUCGGUUUGCGUGUGAAGCUGAGCGCCAUCAGCCAAAAACUCACCCCUCUCCUUAAAGGUCCCCAGGGUCCCCCAGAUGACGCGGGAUGGAGGUGCCCGAGCUCACCUGCCCUGCCUCGCCUGCCAGGGACCAGCCAGCUCCGGCUCCCGGACCCCCAGGGGCCCCAGGCGGGCAGGCCUCGCCCCACCUGGCCCUGGGCCCCGUCCUCCUGCCGCCGGAGCAGGGGCUGGCCCCCACCGUGUUCCUGAAGGCGCUGCCCAUCCCGCUGUACCACACCGUGCCUCCGGGGGGCCUCCAGCCGCGGGCGCCCCUGGUGACGGGCGGCCUGGAGGGUGGCGGCCUGCCCUUCCUCCUCAGCCCCCUGCUGCAGCCGGAGGGGCCCGGCCCCGCCCCCGUCGGGAAGCCAGCGACCCCGACACUCACUGUGAACAUCGUGGGCGCCCUUCCUGUCCUGUCCCCGUGCCCAGGGCCCGCGCCGGGUGGUCCCGGGAAGGCGCGCCACGCCGGCAAGUACCUGUGCCCGCACUGUGGCCGGGACUGCCUGAAACCCAGUGUCCUGGAGAAGCACAUCCGGUCCCACACGGGGGAGAGGCCUUUCCCCUGCUCCACCUGCGGUAUCGCCUUUAAGACCCAGAGCAACCUGUACAAGCACAGACGCACCCAGACACACUUCAACAACGCCCGGCUGUCCUCAGAGUCCGAAGGCGCUGGGGGCGGCCCCCUGGAGGAGGGGGACAAGGCCGGCAAGGGGGACAGCUGGAGCCAGGGGGGCGCCGUUGGGGCCCCACCAGAGAGGCCCCUCUCUCCGGGGGCCCAGGGUGCUGGGCCCUGCCCGGCGCCCCCGACGACGCAUCUGCCCCCGGUCGCCGAGAACCUGGAUCUGAAACUGGAAUCAGGGUGCGGCCCAGGGCCCACGCCUGCAGACGGAGAGGCCCGCGCGGCGUCCGCUGGGCUCCCCGCGGCCGGCUCCCAGCCCAGGCGCCCGCUGCCGGAGCAGAGGUGCCCGCCGGCCGGCAGGGCCUGCUCCCUGGCGCAGCCGCAGGCGCCGGCCUUGUCCUCGGAGAAGCCGGGGGACGCCAAGGCCUCGGAGGGCCGGCUGAGGAAGUGCGAGAGCACGGACUCGGGCUACCUGUCCCGCUCCGACAGCGUGGAGCAGCCGCCGCCCCCCUGCAGCCCCCUGCGCAGCCUGUCGGAGCACAGCGCCGAGUCUGAGGGCGAGGGCACCCCGGGGCCGGGGGCGGCCAGGGCCGAGCGGGGCGGCCGGGGGCCCAGCCUGGAGCUGGAGAAGCGGCGGCUGGAGGAGCGCAUCGCCCGCCUCAUCUCGCACAACCAGGCCGUGGUGGACGACCCGCAGCUGGACCAUGUGCGGCCCCGCAAGACCGUCCUGUCCAAGCAGGGCAGCAUCGACCUCCCCGUGCCCUACACCUACAAGGACUCCUUCCACUUCGAGAUCCGGGCCCCGGGGCCCGGCCGCGGGCGGCCCGGCACCCUGGGGCCCGCCCGCUCCACCUGCACGGCCCUGGACAAGGCGCGGCCCCUCUUCUUCCACUCCGUGCCCACCCAGUUCUCCACCACCGUGGAGUGCGUCCCCGUCACCAGGAGCAACUCGCUGCCCUUCGUCGAGGGCACCCGGACGUGGCAGGAGCCGCCGGACCCCCAGGACGCCGGUCCCCGGGGGCAGAAGCCCCUGAGCCCCAGGCCCACCCCUGCCCGGCUGGCGGAUGUCCCCAGCGGUCACCCCCGGGCCUUGGUGAGGCAGGCUGCGGUGGAGGACCUGCCGGGGCCCCCCACUAGAGACACCGUGGCCCCGGCAGAGGACGCGGACGGAAGGAGGGUGGGGGCAGGGGACGCCGGGGCGGCCGGCAAGGGCCGAGGCGCCGGCAGGAAGCGCGGCCAGAGGAGGCCGCAGAGGUUCUCCCAGGAGAAGUGGCAGGUGUACGGGCGCGAGACCUUCCAGCGACUCUACCAGAAGAUGAGGGCCGGCCGCCCGGCGGGCCGGAGGGCGCGGGAGGGGAGGGGGGGCUGUGGGGCGGAGCAAGACCUCCCUCCGCGGGAGGGGGCCGCGGGGGGCGAGGGUGCAGCCCUGUCCCGGGACAGCAGGACCCCUGUCCGUGGGGACCCCUCUGCGGGGGCCCAGCCAGGGCCUUUGGAAAGUCCACCAGCCACAGAAGGCUUCUUGGUGACCGAGUCCCCCUGGCAGCGGGAGACGGCGGCCCGCGCAGGAGGCAGCGAGAGGCCCGGGGACAGCAGGUCCGUGUCGCCCCCCGCCUGCAGCCACAGAGAGCCCCUGUGUCCGGGCGGCAAGAACCCUGUCCUUCUUCCACGUGGGAGGCUGGAGCUGGGGUGUCCGCGGCUCCCAGCACCUGGCUCCCUCAAAGGUGGGGCCCUAGAGGCUCCUGGGCUGGCUCUGCCAGACCCCGCACUGGAAGGAGGGGCCCAGGGCGGUGGGGACACGGAAGACCCUGGUCAGCGGGCCCUCCUCCUCCCGAGGCCGCCGGGCAGUAGCCCCGGGGAGCCCCGGCCUGGGGAGCCCCAGCUGCCCUCGGAGAGGAAGAAGCUGAGGGUGGAGGGGCCGAGCCGCGCAGAGCACCUGGGGACUCUGGGGGCAGGAGGCCAGACCCCCGGGCCCCCUGGACAGGCCGACCCCCCGCCACCCUGGAAGCGGGACAGCGACCCUGGGGACAAGCCCGGAGAGCGGCACAGAGGGUCAGAGUGUGCUGCGAGCGGCGGGGCCCGGGCCUCGGAGGCCUGCGGCUCAUCUUUCUCUGCUUCCUCGGUGGCCCCGAGGCCCGGGCCGAGGGACGAGGAGCCUGGGCUUGGUCCUGAAGCCACAGUCCCGGGGGGCCCAUUGCCACUGGCACCCCAACCUCAGGCUCCUGACACCCCAGCAGCCCGGACAGAAACCACGUUUCCCCCCAAGUACCUCCUCAGGAUACCUCAGGGCGAGAGCCUGUCACCCCUGCCUGGUGCCCGGGGGCCUCCCUGCAGAAGCGGGGGGCCCGAGGACCUAGCGUCGCCUGGUGGCUCGGAGCCGGGGACCCUGCUGCCCCCCCACCCAGCCGCAGGCCUGGCCCCGGGUGGAGCACAUGGCUCGGAGGAGGAUCCCGGCCGGCCCAGGCUGUGGGGCUGGAGAAAGGGGGUGCCGGGAGAAGAGGAAGGAGGCGUGGACGCCACUGGCACCCCGCAAGCUGCGGAGCCCCCCAGCUCGAGCGCUGGGGCCCUCAAGGAGGCAGCCUCCGUCCUGCCCACCUGGGCCUGUGACUCCGGGAGGAGCGAGACCCACACCCCGGGGCGCCUCUGCUCCCGCGGCUCCGGGGCCGGGGCCCGGCCCUGCACAAGCACCCUGGACCCCUGGCCACGCGACAGGGACGCGGCAGAGCCUCCCGAGAAUGUCCCAGAGGACCCUCCGCCAGGGCCCCCAGCAGGACACCCCUCCUACUGCUGCCUGCGGCCCAGCUCUGUCCUCCCGUCCGCCCUCUUGCCCCCAGGCACCCACGCAGAUGGCCCCGGGGACUGCGGGCCCCAGGGCCCCUUCCCUUCGCUGAAGGCCGGGCCCCAGCUCACCUGGUGCUGCCUGAGCCGCAGCCGGCCUCUGCCCGCGGAGCGGAAGGAGAAGGCCGUGUCCGAGUGCUGGGCGCCGCACCGCCCUGGCAGGGGCCCCCUGGCCCAGGGCGCGGACACCCGGCCGGCGAGCAAGGCCGCGUGGGGACGCUGGACCAGGAGCGGCCUGGCAGGAGGGGAGACGCGGCCGUGGAAGCUCUCCUGCCCGACAGCCCCAGGGCUGACGUCCCGGGACCCGGGGGCUGAGCCAGCGUGGAAGAGAGGACCGCCCUGGGGGAGGGCGAAGCUGUGCCGCGCGAGCAGCAAGCGGAAAACCCUGAGAAGGUACAGAGGGAGCUUCCUGCAGGGCCGUGUGCAGCUCAGAGCUAGGAGGCUACGCAAGCCACUGUGGGUGCUGAGAAAAGACUGCCACCCUCCCCCACUCGAGGGGCCGGACCCACGCAGGCCCCUUGGACAGCCUGCCUCGGAAACGGCAGGGCUAAGUCUGCAAGAGGAGCCAUCUCCUGUCUCCUCAGCGUCGCCUGCUGGCUGCGGGACGGGAGAGACAGAGGAGGAAGACCGCGGACCGACUGCAGGUGGCGUCCCUCCCAGCGCCAGCCCGACGGCCGGGGACCCGCUAGCGGCGCAGGACGUGACUCUGUCCGCCGGCGAGCAUGGUGACUGUUGUCCUCGGAACACUUCGGUCGGCUCGGGGCUGCCGCUGCCGCCUGACUCCUACACACCAGCGGCCAGGAACAGCCUUCCGUCCCACGGGAAAGGUCUCGACCUGGGAUUUCUGGAGACUCAGCAGCCGCCCCCCCAGGAGCAAGUCCCGGCAGACCUCAAAGUGUGCGUUGUCCCAGAUGCUGAGGAUCCUUCAUCAUUUGAGUCUGAAGGGAACUCCCUCCGCCGAGACGCUGCCACCUCUGUGGCCGCCGUCUGUCCUUCUCUGGGGGCGCGAGGAGGUCAUGCAGCCGUGGGAGGUCACGGUGCAGAGCCACGGGAGCGUGACCGAGCUGCGGGGGGGACAGCGGCACGCAGCUCCGCAGACAGAAAAGCUGCAGCACAGGGCACGGCGCUGUCACUCCUGCCGGGGAAACCCUCCCCGGGGCAAGGACUCUCAGGUUCGGUCCCAUCGCGGCCCCCUGGGAAAACUCGCCUUGAACUACCGGCUUCGGGACCGGGCUCCCAGCAAGACGCGGAGACACCCAAGAUGCUUUUUCCUUCCGGGGGGCCCCCUGGGGGUGGGGAAAUGCGUGUCCCCGGCCCUCCCGUGGGCAAGGACAGUGAGACGCACCGAGAGUCUGGGUUUGUGGCUCCGAAGGGUCGUGUGGUUCCUUCUAAGCCGGGGCCGGCCACAGAAGCCCCUCAGGCCCCUUCGAAGACAGCCAGGAAAAGGAGUCUGGAGGGAGUGAGGAGGCAGAGCCGAGUGGAGCUCAGCGACACCAGCAGCGACGACGAGGACCGGCUGGUGAUUGAGAUCUGAAGCUCCCGGGGACGGCCGUCGCCCCCCGGCGAACGCCGAGAGGCUGGCAGGACACCCGGCCCCUUGCCGCGAGGCACCUAGAGGUUGGAACGCCGUUUUGGGCUCUUUCCGAGACAUCCCCGAGCAGCUUCAACCCCCUGACACAGCCGCGCCUUGCCCCAGCUCCGCCGGGCGUGUCCCACGGGUAUCCGCGGCAGGGCAGAGGUGACCCGGAGCAAAGUCGAAGAAUGCUCGACGCACAGUGACUGUGGCUGGACCCCCAGCGGUGUCCUUUGGCUCCGUCCACCACGGCCUCCUCCGGGAAGUGGUUUUGACCCCGAGAGCCGUGACCGACCCGUCCAUCAACACCUGGACCCGAUGGAGUCCAGGCAACUGACCUCCUUGUUGGUGGAUGAGGGUGGGCGUCCAUGGCUUAGCUGGGAGGUGGGGCAUGAAUGGGGCACCAAGUCACCGCGGCUCACACCGGAGACGAAACUCAGAUUCAUUCCAAAACUGAAGUUUGGUCGGAAUGAUCUCCCUCCUCCACGGGAGCUGUAAAUACGCGUCCGAACGCGUGUGACCUGGUGGCACGCUGGGGACACCUCCGCGCCGCGCCAGCGGCCGGUGCUCCCGUGAGACUCGGGGACACGGGCCGGCCCGUCCCGCGCUCGGCGCCUCUUUGGUGGAGACCGCCGGAGCCCUCGGUUUCUCCAGCCCUCGCAAAGGAACACUGUGUUAAAAGUUAAUAGAACAGUCUCUGUAAUGAGUCAUUUUUUUUCUGAGGGGGAAAAAAUUCACUGAUUUUCCUCUGAUGCUCUUUGUCAUAUUGUGCUCUGAGCAAUUUCAAUUAGAGGGUUACAUUUUAGUAAUCGCUGCGGCUUACGCGGAUGCCUGCGCAUCGUGAUGGGGGCCUUUCGGUGUCCUCCCGCGGCUUCAAGGAUACAAAACUAAUUGGAGUUUUGACGCUGUUUUACAUCUCGGUAAUUUUAUUUUGGGGGCUUGGUGUUACUUUGCUGUCAAAUUAAAUCAGCCUUUGUAUUGUGCAAGUCAGAACAGCACACACACACACACACACACACACGCACACACACACAAAUCCCCCAGCAUUCCCAGUCGGUGCACCCCUGUGCAGAACAGAACAGCUGCUCUGCACCCGCCAGCCCAGUGUGCAAAGCCGCGGGUGUCCUGCCUGCUUCUCCUUCCCCUUAGACGGCAGGGGAAGAACUCGCGGAGGCUGGCGCUGCUGCGUUUCAAUAGCACGUGACACUUGGUUUGGGUACGGUUUUGUACGCUCUGAAACAUAGAGCUGAGCUCUUUGGGCUUCCCUUUGAUGGAAGCAUGGUCCGGCGACAGCCUGUAUUCCAAAGGCAGGGGUGCAAAAUAUCUCACACCUACGAUCACACUUCAGUGUGUCUUUGCCUGUGACAGAGGACAGUCACUUUUCAUGUGACUUCAUGUGAGUUUUCUAGUUUUAGGGUGAUUGAUGGAACCCGUGAAUGAGGGACCAGCUAGCCUCCCCGAGGACUCAGAUUGGGUCUGUGGUCAUUUUGCAGGAGCUCAUAAAUGCCCCAGUGGUUUCCAGCCCAGCCAAGAAAUACAGGAGAAGGGAGGUAAGAAGAAUGUUAGGUAUUUACUUCCUGUGCUUUUUGAAUCAAACAAAAGUGUUGCGGUGAUUACCGACCCUCUGAAUGAACCCUGCUACCUUGAUGGGAGUGGCUGUCUAGGGAAGUGGUCCGAGUCCUGGUCAGAGGAAGAGUCAAGGCCUGACCUUGCCCUCAACCCGCUGGGAAAUCUUGGUUAAGGUGCAUACCCUGUCUGUGCCUCAGUUUCUCCAACUGAGCAUGUGAGCUGAGUGUGUGGGCAGGCUCCCACCCUUGUGAGGAAGCACAUGCUGCCGUCUUCCUGACGUAGGAGGCCUUGGUGGCUUGGGGGUGGUCCCCAUGGGGAGAGAUCUUGCACCCAAGGAGUUUGGGAGGGGACCCGAAACCAAAACACCUUCUGCCAAUUAUUCCCAUGAAGAACUUGAGCUCAGAGGUGCUGUCCCUAUUUCUUCCCAGAGUUCCAGAUUUGGGGGUAUAGUCGUUCAGUUUAUGGAUGCUGGUUCAUAAUUCAGAAAUUUAAAAAAAAAGACCCAGAACACUACUAUGCGAGUGGAAGACAAUACGUCCAUAGGCUGCACUUGCCACCUUGUCUCGGGAGGCACUGAUGGGGGGAGAACCACCCUCCAGAUUCUGUCCUCCUCCAAGCGGUCAACUGGUCUACCGGAACUAAGUCAGCAAGUCAUCGCCCCAUUGGCACUGGCCCCAGCACGGUGGCGGGAGCUCUGUCCUUCUAGGAGCGACCACUUUGGGCUGCCACGCCCCAACUUUGAUUAAAUAUGGUGGAAAGUCGAGUUCAUCUCUCACUCCCUGUAUCUCUCACAAGGCGGGCACGCCGUCCUGUCUUAGCCGGUCAUUUAGCCAGUGACUGACAUAAAGCAAAGUGUACCUUACUUUACAUCAACAUGAAUCGGCGCAAAGCUAUAUGGCUUUAAAAAUAAACAAAAAAAUGUAUCUUGAAUGACCCUAGAGGAGCUGGCUAUUGGAAAUCAUCCUAAGGUAAAGGAUUUUUAUUAUUUUUUAAGCGAUGAAGCCUUUUAUAAAGCAACAAACGGCCUCUGAUUUUUAUAACUCUUAAUGUCCUAUGGGUUUUCUUAAAGCAGAAAGCAAUCCUAGGGAUACAUUUUAAGAAUAACAUCAGUGACAUAUAGCCCAGUUUGGGUUACUGAAAAUAAAACUUCAACAUUAUCAGGUAAUAAUUGCUACAGUUUUAUAUGCUAUAAGCAUGUGCUGUGUGCCAGUUAAAGGAAAACAAAUCUAGUUUAGAACAAGGCCAAUCAGAGUUGAAAGAUCAAGGCCCCUCCUCUCCCCAGUGGGGUUGAUUUUAUUACACCUUCAGGUAAGGGUCUUAACCCUGGUGCCUCAGUUUCUCUACAGAGAAGAAAUCCAGGGGUGCUGCCAUGAACCCAGACAAGGGUCACUUUGAAAUCUGGGUGAUUUGGGGGGCAAAGUAGACAAGUACACUCUGUCCCAAGAUGCUCAAACUCACUGCCAGGUUUAUUUUCUCCCGCUGUGCCUGCACUUGGCCAGAUCUCACUUGUUAGAGAGAGGUGCGUGGAGGAAAGAGGUCUCACGUCUGCCCUCGGGUGGGGAGGUCUCUGAAAGUCACAUGGCUUUUGAUGGACAGCUUGAAUCCUCCUUGUCAGAAGGCCUGAUGAAGUGCAAUUCAUCCAUCCUGUUAGGUGUAAGAACCCUUGAGAUUCUGCAUGAAGCGAACAUCCCUUUAAUUCAUGACCCGGCAGAACCUGUGGUUCAUUUCCCCAAAAGUAAAAACAAAGAGGGGGUGGGGCGAGCACCGCUGGAUUCUAAUCAAAACCUUGCCCAUGGUAUGGCGGGUAUCCGAGAGCGAAGUGAGCGCUGCCUUUCGGAAGUCUCUCCUCCAGGGCUCCCAUGGGAGGAGUUGCCUUGCCACAAUGUGUGGCAACCCCCGUUCUCGGCCCGCAAGGGGAAUGGUGGGCAGCCUCAGGCCAUGGAGUUUUUCCUUGACUUUCUGUGUGUGACUGAGAAUAAUCCCAUUCUUUUAUUUUUUUCCCCCCUAGCAUCGAUAUUUGCCUUUUGCACAAAGUUUUCCUGCUGCAGCAGAUUUGUAUAGUUAGGGAGACUGUCACGACCAUCAGCCGCUGCAGCUGCUCACCUCCCCAGACGGGAUUUAGCAUGGUGAGGCAGAGACGGCUGCCCCGCCCCGGCGAGCUCGCCCCCGCCCCGCCCUAGCGAUCUCGCCCCCGCCACGGCGGCGGCAAGGGGGGCGAAUGUGUUCUCGCUCUCUCUGGCUGUGAUCCCCACCACUCCUGUGAGGGAGCCUCUUUGGCUUUGGAAACACUACAUCUCUCUACACUCAAGCACAAUUCCUCGUCCUGAUCUUGCAGAACUCAUUCAACAGAGGCGUUAGGACCCAGCAAAGCUUGUGGGCUAGGUUUGUUCCCUGCACCAGUGUCUGUACCCGUGCGUUUUACCCAUGCGGGGGUAGGUGGGAUUGGACCUGAGGACGUACGGGGGCACUCACUGGAGCGUGGCGCUUCGCCGCGGGGAGGGAAGGAGCCGGGGAGACCGUCGGGCUCUGUCCCUCGCGGCCCCGGAGGGUGACUCACAUCCUGUGUGUGCACCCAGCUGCUCAGAACUUGCUACUUUAUUGAUUAUUCAUAAUCAGGGAAGUGGUUGGCUUCUUGAUUGUUUGUUGAAACUUCCCUCCUUCUUUCUAUGGUUAAAUUAUUUUGUUUUGAUAAAAAUA